AUGGAAAAGUUUACUGGGGAAGAUAUUAGUGCUUGGUGUCAACGGAAGAAAAAAGAUCCCAAGAAAUGUUUAAGUGUGGGAGGGAAUUUUUCGGAAUUCUCUGAUGAGGAGAUAGUGGAAAGGUUAGCCAGGUUAUAUGGAAUAAUUAGGCCAAGGGUUGUAGAUAAAUGGAUGGGAGGAUUGGGAAGAGUAGUAGCAGUGCUGAUAGAAACAGAAAAUGAAUUGGAGACUGAUGUAAUACCAUUGAUAGUGGUAGCCAAUGAAGAGAUGGGUAGGAGGUGGAAUGUGAUGUGGCCUAACAUACGGGGGGACGAAGAAACAGCAACUAGUGCACAUAUAUCAGUGCCCCCUCUAGACAACCCUAAUAGAGGUGAGAGGAAUAGUGGUGGUGAAGGGGGUGACGCUCAGGAUACUGGUGCAAAUGCCACUGGUGGACAGUUUGAGGUCAUAAUGGAUAGAGUGGUCACUCAGUUAGAAAGGUGGCAUUAUGAAGGGAGUUAUAGGCGGUUACGGAUUUUUUCCGGGAUUCUACCUGUACCAUCAGGAGAGGAGACAUAUGAGGCCUGGAAAGAAGCGGCGGUACAACAAGUGGAAGAAUGGCAGUGCCCAGAUAAGAUCAAGAGACAGAGGGUAGUAGAAAGCUUGAGAGGGCCGGCUAUGGGAAUUAUACAAGCUGCUAGACGUAGUAAUCCUAAUGCUACUUUAGAAACAUUCUUUGAGGCAUUAGAUUAUGCAUAUGGCACCCUUGAGGACGUGGGAGAUCUCACCUCUAGGUUACACCACACGUUCCAGGAACCGACGGAAAAGCUAAGUGCAUUCUUGAUUAGGUUAGACAAGCUACUAUAUAAGAUAGUGGAUAAAGGAGGUAUAGUAAGGGAUGAUGUGGACAGAAGCAGCAGUGCCAGAUUAAGGUCCACAUGGGCCUGGAGCUGA